GUUGGAUCAUCUAGCAUUCUCAAUAUGAUUUCUUCCUUUCUCUCGCCAUCUCUUCCUCUCCAUCAAAUCCUUUCUUCUUCCUCCCAUCUUCAUUCCAUUGUACUUCUAAAUCCUAAAAAAACAAAUCAACUUUUCAAUUUCAAUUUCUGCUUUCUUUCCUUUUUCACUCUCAAAUCUCAAAACCCGUAAACAUUUUCUAUGAUUUACAUGGCAAAUCGAGGACUGCUGAUCGGAAUGGGAAGGGAAGCUCAAUCUGAGGUUCGAAGGUCUUAUGCUGUGUCUAGAAAGGCUGUUGCUGAAACUCUGAUGCAUCACAACAGUAUCUAUGGAGUGCUAGCUAAAGCUUGGGUUGGCGGUAAGGUUCUCCAGAACCGAGAGGAUAUUGAACAUGUCAGUGGUAGGGUGUCUAAAGACCUUAGGGGUAAGGACUUUCCUAUGGUUGUUAACUUGGAUGGGGUGAGGGGUAAUGAACAUGAUUAUUGUGUGGCAUUACCGGGUGAUGAACUUGAUCUGGCAGUGAAAAGAAUGGAGCAUAUUAUUCGUAGAGGAUCACCCCUCACAAACGCUUGGGACAAGGUGUUAGAUAGCCUAGGGUUCAAGAGAGCAUGUGGCACUUUCGUCUUUGGAGGACAGAUACCUUUGGACAAGGUGUUACGAGUUACAACCCAUUUGGACAAGAUAACAAAUUUUAGUCCUGACGGUACAAUUUACAAGCACAAGCCGGAUUGCUUGUCAAGGUCUAUAUGCAACAGCCAGGUAGAUGAUCUGUUGGUCAAAGGAAUCAGUGAUCAGUUAUUUAAACAUUUUAACAAAAAAUGUGCUAUUGGCAUCUUCUUGUCCGAGGAGAAGUAUGCAAUGGACAUUCUGAAAAAAUAUGGCAUGGACAGAUGCAAAGAAGUUGCAGCUCCAAUAGUUCGGAAUGCAAAAUUGUCAAAAGGUGAUGGAGAUGCUAAAGCAAAUCCCUCUUUGGCACAUUUGAUUAUGGAAUCUGGAAUGCCAAAUCAGGAAAUUUUUCUCCAAGGAUGCACUGACAGUGAUUGGGCAGGCUGCAUGGAUGCAUCUAAGAGCACCGGAAGUUAUGUUUUCACUCUUGCACUGCAGCAGCAGAGACAGAGUUCCAGAAGUUCGACAGUAGCAGAUGGAUUUGGCUCCGACAGCAGCUCCAGCAGUAGCUCCGAUAACAGCAGAUCAACUCCAGCAGAUCAGUAGCAGAUCAGUAAUCCGGCAGCAAUCAUAGCACCGCAGUAGCAGAGACAGAGUUCCAGCAGUUCGGCAGCAGUCUGGCAACAAUUCUGACAGCAGCAGAGCAACUCUAGCAGAUCAGUAGUAGAUCAGUAGUGGCAAUGGAGAAAAGAGUGGGAGUGAGGGCAGAAGGGUGAGAAGGGCAGAACUCAGAAAAGCGGCAAUGAAGAAGGUCUGAGAUUCUUGAAUCUUGAAGAGUGCCAACGGCAGAAGGGAGACUGAAAUGUCCUAGUUUGGGCGCUGGCAGCGCAAAUUAGAGACUGAAAUGUCCUAAAAUCACUGGAUGAUUUGAUCCUGUGGUUCUUUUCUUGGUGAUAUAUUUUUGUCUUCUCUAUCUGCUAGAAGUGUUAUCUAAGCUUGUCAAACGAGUUGUUGAAAUUCAUUUCUGUCUUGCUGGUGUUAUGUUUCUUAAGAUACAAAUGUUUGUGUAAAUUGGUGUUUUUUUCAAGUUUCAACUCCGUAGGCUCGACGGGCAUUUCGAGCUCUCAAAGGAAUAAUAAGGCUGCAGGCACUUAUACGUGGUCACUUGGUUAGGCGACAAGCUAUUGCUACAUUGUGCUGUGUGAUGAGGAUUGUUAGGUUACAGGCACUUAUUGGUGGAGUAAAGGUCAGGAAUUCUGAUAUUGGGCUUGAAGUGAAUAAGAAAUGCAGUCGAGUGAGAACUCUGGUAAUUUUCUAUAGAACAUUUUGUUCUGAUAUUGGGCUUGAAAUUGACUCACUAGAUAAAAAUCUAAUUGAGUU